AUGAAGGUUAUUGUUACUUACAGAAGGCUUUUUACAGGUGAAAAAGUAGAACAAACAAACAAGAAAGAGCAGUUGACAGACAGGAGAGAGAAAAAGCAGACGUUCAUUCUGGAACCCGCCGCGGUGGGCCCCGCGCUGACGGCCCGGUACCCUCCAGCAGUCACCGAGGACCACAACAGCUGCAGAAACCCGGACGGCGACGCCGCGCCCUGGUGCUACAUCCGAGGCGCCUCCGGGGACCCCGAGCGCAGACCCUGCGACAUCGUCCAGUGCUCAGAUGUUACAGCUGCCACAGCUGCAGGUCCUACAGCAGAAGCUGGUGUUUCUGAGGAGGUCGACCAAGUGUUUGAACCGGCUGAUACCUUGCCCUCCCGGAGCGAGGCAGCUGCUGUACAGCCUGCCAUUGGGAUCAGUCAGAGAGUACAGAUGAACUCCAAAGAAAAGAAGGACUUGGGGACACUAGGGUAUGUGCUGGGACUGAUCAUGAUGGUGAUAAUCAUUGCCAUUGGAGCUGGCAUUGUCCUGGGGUACAUCUAUAAGAGGGGGAAAGACCUGAAGGAGAAGCAUGAACAGAAAGUUUAUGAGCGUGAAAUGCAGCGCAUCACACUGCCACUCUCAGCCUUCAGCAAUCCUGCCUGUGAGCUUGUAGAUGAGAAUACAAUCGUGGUGCACACCAACCAGACGCCAGUGGAGGACACACGUGAUGGCAGUGGCCCCCUCAUGGGGCAGGCCGGUACUCCUGGUGCCUGAGCAGCUCAGGCAGGAGUGAUACAGGCUGAGCAAAGCCUCCAGCUUCCCACUGUGAGUGCAAGGGUUGUGUGUGUUCAUUUCUAUUUUGUUUUCUUUUUGAUGAAAGCCAGGUGAAGGUGAUGCAGAGAGACAGAGCAAUGGGCUAUUCAUCAUAAUCUGUUUGAGGGGCACUGUUCAGUGCGUGACCAGCGGGGGACUGGUGUGGUGGAUCCUGCUGCUUUAUCCCACCUGUCUCCAUGGUGUGCCAAGGAGCUGGGAGGGAUGAUGGGCCAGGCUCACAACUGGACACAAAUCCCAUAGUCUGGAGUGUGGUCUUGGCUUCCUCUUUUUUUGUUCCUUUCCUAUUUAAUGGUGUGCACUGUUACUUAAUUUUCAGCCUGGAGCCCCAGGAGGGAGCAGUACUGCAGGGACU